CCCCCCACCAGUGGCGGGGUAUGACUGUAUGAGAACCAAAACCUCCUCCUUUAAAUGCUAACCUCCCCAAACUUUGAAUCCCUAAUUACCUAAUCAUCAUCGCUAUCCACUCCCAAUCCAAUCCUUAUAAAAUCCUUAUCCAAUUCAUAUGAUUUAGUCAAUUUUUCGUAUUUUUUAUAAUCCCAAAUUCUCUAGAACAAAGUACAAAUUCGAGAAUUAAGAGCACGAAUUAGCCCUAGUUCUCGAUCUUCUAGUAAGCGACAUGGGUUUCUCGCUUCCGGAGGAUCCGCUCUUCCUCGGAUUCGAUAGCUCUACCCAAUCACUGAAGGCUACCGUAUUGGACGACAAACUCACAAUCAUUGCAUCAGAAACUGUCCAUUUUGAUUCGGAAUUGCCGCACUACAAAACCAAAGAUGGGGUCUACAGGGAUCCUACUGAGAAUGGCCGCAUAGUUUCCCCGACCCUAAUGUGGAUCGAGGCUUUGGACCUCUUGCUUGAAAAACUAAAAACGAAGGUGGAUUAUGCUAAAGUUGCAGCCAUUUCGGGAAGUGGACAGCAACAUGGCAGUGUGUAUUGGAAGAAGGGCAGUGAGGCUAUAUUGGCUUCUUUGGAUCCAAAUAAAAAGUUAUUACCCCAAUUCAGUGAAGCUUUCUCUACGUUGGAAUCGCCGAUAUGGAUGGAUAGUAGCACGACUCAGCAAUGCAGAGAAAUCGAGAAGGCUGUAGGGGGUGCUUUAGAAUUAUCAAAACUUACUGGGUCUACUGCUCACGAGAGAUACACAGGGCCCCAAAUUCGAAAAAUGUAUGAGAAGAAAAGAACUAUUUAUGAUGAUACUGAGAGAAUAUCACUUGUAAGUUCCUUUGUGGCGUCGAUUCUGAUUGGAAAGUAUGCUAGUAUCGAUGAGACUGAUGGAGCAGGGAUGAACUUAAUGGAUAUUAAAAAGCGGGCAUGGUCCAAGAUUGCUUUAGAGGCUACUGCUCCAGAUCUAGAAGAAAAGCUUGGUAAACUGGCACCGGCUCAUGCAGUUGCUGGUUUGAUAGCUCCUUAUUUUGUUGAAAGGUAUAAAUUUAAAAAGGACUGUGUGAUAGUUCAGUGGUCCGGAGAUAACCCUAACAGCCUCGCAGGUUUGACUUUGAAUACUCCCGGGGAUCUAGCAAUUAGUCUAGGCACCAGUGACACAGUCUUCGGGAUAACGAGUGUGGCUCAACCAAGCUUGGAAGGGCAUAUUUUCCCUAACCCUGUUGAUCCAAAUUGCUACAUGGUUAUGCUGUGCUAUAAAAAUGGUUCUUUAACUCGAGAAGAUGUAAGAAAUCGAUGCGCAGAGAAAUCUUGGGAUGUUUUCUGCGAGUGUCUCGAGAAAACACCCCCUUUGAAUGGUGGAAAGCUGGGAUUCUUCUACAAAGAUCAUGAGAUUUUACCUCCUCUUCCCGCUGGGUUCCACCGAUACAUUCUCGAGAACUUUAGUACCAGAUCGUUGGAUAACAUCAAGGAGCGCGAGGUGGAAGAGUUUGAUCCUCCUUCAGAGGUACGUGCUAUCAUCGAAGGCCAGUUUCUAUCAAUGAGAGGCCAUGCAGAGAGAUUCGGUAUGCCGACUCCUCCCAAACGGAUAAUCGCGACUGGUGGGGCGUCGUCGAAUCAGAGCAUCCUCAAAUCGAUGGCCAUGAUUUUUGGCUGUCCUGUUUAUACAGUUCAAAGACCUGAUUCCGCUUCGUUGGGUGCCGCACUGAGAGCGGCUCACGGGUGGCUCUGCAACAAAGAAGGGCGGUUCGUGCCGAUCUCCUCGAUGUACGAAGGGAAGUUAGAUAAAACGUCUCUCGGCGCGAAGCUCGCUGUUCCAGCCGGCGAGAAGGACGAGGACAAGGAGCUCCUGGAAAAGUACUCCCUGGUGGUGAGGAAGAGGUUGGAAAUUGAGAAGCGGCUCGUCGAAAAGCUCGGGCGCGUGUAGAGAAGCUCGAUCAUUUAAUAACAAGAAUUUAAUGAAGCAAAUAAGUUGUUGUGAAUAAAGGAUAAUGAUUGAAUUUUGCUGUGGAUAAUUUGGUUCGGUUCUCAUUUUGCAGCUAAUAAAACUGGUUUCCUCUUUAAACUA